AUGACUUCUUCAGCACCGCCGUCAGGCGACGUUGAUAUCUCCAAGAUCGAUUUGUAUGAAUUUCUAUCUUUGCCAGGGCCACAGGCUACGGCCUCAGAAAUCAAGCGCGCUGGCAGGAAGACCUCGCUACUAUACCAUCCGGACAAGGUCGCACCGACAUCAGAAAACUUGCAAAACUUUCAUAUUCUUCAAAUAGCCAUUGGUAUUCUUUCCGACCCUGCUGAGAAAGUGAAAUACGAUCAGACCAGAGAAGCAAAAUUUCGGCGCAAAGCUGAAGUUGACGCCCUUGACGCCCGUAGACGAAAGCUGCGGGAGGAUCUUGAAAGCCGGGAGACAAAUGGUCUGUCAGAAACGAGCACAGCUGCUGGACAGAAGAGGACGUUCAGCGAGCGUGAAAUGAAGAUACGGCGUAUACAGGAAGAGAACAGGCGUAAGAUAGAAGAAAUGAAAGAACGGAAACGCUUCGAGGCAGAGAAGGUUGCUGCUCAAGAAAGAGCCAGGAAUACGAAAGAAGACACAGUCCCAGAAGUAGGAACACCUAAAGAGUCAAAUGGCAGUCCAGACGAGCACGACAGCAUGGAUCGUUCUUUGAAAUUAAGGUGGAUCCGAGAAGGCGAAGGACAAGCCUACGACGAGAACACGAUAGGCGAUCUAAUGAGCGACGUCGAAAACGUGAUACUCCUAAAAGACAAGAAGCGCAAGAUUGAUGGUAAAAAGGUGGUAAUGGGAAUAGCUGUCGUUGUUUUCGCUUCGAUACCGGCAGCAAAGAGAGCGAUGGAUGGAAGAGCAUCGAUCAUUGACAAGUUCGAGAUGAUCGAGUGGGCCAAAGCCAAGGACGAAGAACCCGCUUGA